CAAUGCCUGUUUCGCUCUCUCUGUUCCUUUUGAUUCUCUCGAACGAAAGAGAUGGAGCACAUAGCGGCGGCGCAGGAUCGACUCGUGACGGAGAGAAUCCGAAGGAAGCUCGAAGAAGUCAACUUCGAGGCUCAGAACCAGCUUGCACCCAUCCAAGACCACGUCAAUUUCAAUCUCCAGCAAGCUUACUUCAAAUGCGCGUAUGAGUGCUUUGAUCGGAGGCGGCGGCAGGAGGAGAUCAACAACUGCGUGGAGCACUGCAGCGUCCCUGCGCUUCAAGCUAACAAUUUGGUAGAGACGGAAAUGGCCAUGUUCCAAGAGCGCAUGAAUCGGUCACUGAUGGUGUGCCAAGACAAGUUCGAGGCUGCGAAAUCCAGCGGAUCAAGACAGAUGCCUUUGAAUGACUUAGAAUCCUGUGUAGACCAGGCCAUUGAAGACAACAAACGAGUCCUCCCCCUCAUCGCUAGUCGAUUGAAGGCCUCCUUUGUCCAUCAACUGAUUCAGCAUCACCUCACAAAAAUUUAGCCAAUUUCAUUCCAGAGGAACCAGAUUCUUUCAGCGGUUUAAUUUUAAUUUUACGUUACAAGUGUUACUGAAUUCUUGCAAUUCAUUUAUCUUAUUUUACUGAAAGUAUUAGUUA